CCUUUGUGACUAUUUAAUGAUUCCAAAUUAAUGUGUGCCUUAUAUUCAUUGCUGUUAUCUGGUUGCCAUGGUCAUGUUCCUAAUAACUCUUUUCGUAGACGCUUAAGUGAAAAUGGUACAUGUUAGAAGACACGAGACAAGGAAAAAUUCUAAAACUCAAGUACCUGCGCAAAAAUCGCGAGUUGAUUGGCGUCGGACUAGAAGAACUUUCUCACAGUUACUUGAUAGUGAUGAAGAGCUUGAUGAUGAUGAAGAGAUUGAUGAUGACGAAGACAUUGAUGAUGAUGAAGAGCUUGAUGAUGAUGAAGAGAUUGACGGUGGCAAAAGCAUUGACAGUGAUGAAGAGCUUGAUAGUAGUGGGAAGUCAGCUACUAAUGAAAUACCAGAAAAGGAGGCAGAUCUUAAAUUAACCAAAGUUGAAAGUGAGGGAAGCAACAGUAAACAUCUUACAAACGCCAGCAAUAGUUCAACAAAUGAAGAAAAAAUAAACAAAACCACACCCAAUGACUCACCAGAUGAUGAAAAUCACCCAGGUCAAGCAGAGAGUGAUGUCAGCAAACACACUGGACAAAUUGUAGAAGGGGAUAUGGAGGACGAAUGCAUCAAGCCAGGAAAAAGAAAAAGGCUGUGCACUGUGAUGCAUGACAGCGAUGAGAGUGAUGACAGUGAUAUCCUAGUUAGAAACGCAAGUGCUAAACACGCACGCAGGGUGGUCGAAGAUGAAUGCUCUUCAUUGGAAGUGGAGCAAGAAACCCCUGAGAAAUCAUCAGCUGCUCGCAAGCGAGAGCACCACCAAAAGCUGAAGGAACUCUCAGAAAGAUCACGCCAGAGACAGAGACGCAAUAGUGGGAGAAAUUAUGAGGACUCUGAAAAGGAAUCUUGUUCAAGCACCAAUGAAGAGGAAAAUGAAGAUGAUUACAAAUAUGAUGAAAAUGGAGAUGAUUAUCUGAUUGACGGUUUUGUAGUACAAGAUGAGGAAGCUGAUGAAGAGAACAAAAAUCAACAAGGAGAAAAUUUGACUACAUCACAACUGGAAUUAGUAAAACGGAAUUCUCUUUAUUCUUUUAGCGACCACUAUACUCACUUUGAGAGAGUUGUGAAGGCUCUUCUGAUCAAUGCUUUAGAUGAAUCUUUUCUGGAAACCUUGUAUGCUGGCACCAGGAAGAAGUCAUAUGCACAAGAUAUGUUGACAUCUCUUCAUUAUUUGGAUCAUCGCUUUAUUCAACCCCGUCUAGAGAGUUUGUUCUCUAGAAGCCGAUGGAAAGAACAAUAUAAGGACCGAGUUGAAAGCUACUCUAACUUAAGCCUUCAUCCCAAGAGCCCCGAGGAUGGCUUGUGCCAGGCCUGUGGGCUGUAUCGCCACUGUCAAUACUUGGUGCACCUCUCAGGAAAGUUGUACAACACCAGGACUAUGGAAACAGAUGACUUCAUGUCACAUGACAAGCAGGUGUUUAUUGUUGGCAGAAUUUGUGCCAAUCGCACCAGAAUUUAUCAUAAACUGAAGCAUUUUAAAUUCAAACUGUACCAAAAAUGCUGCUCCAUCGCAAAAACAGAAGAGGCUGAAGAUGAGCAGGUUAAAGAAACAGUCAAAAGAGUCUUCAGUGAGUCAGAAGAGAGUGGCUGGAUUAGAAAGAAAUAUGAUAAACUGCAAGACUAUCUCAACUCCGCGGAUUAUUUUCAAGAUGAGAAGUCUGAUUUAUAGCGUACUCCUUCAGAGAAGAUUUUGUAAAUUUCUGUAAAUGUGAAGAUCAUGGAAUCUGUUUCUCCAUAUCAUGUGACAUUUGUUGUAUAUUCUAUGUGUGUCUUGUGCACUCCUCUGAUUUUCAUAAAGUACCACAGUGAAGUCUACUCAGCCUUCUUAAACGGACAUGGAGAACAUCAGCUUUGUGGUUCGAGGGUUCCCUCGGUGUGUUUCAGUCAUGUAUCCAUGAUUUUCCCACAGAUGACCAGCAGCUGAGUGUGCUAUCAUGUCCUGUCAGGCUAGUAGAAAUAGGCUGCAUUAAACUAUACUUGGACUGACCUGAAGAUGGCUCAGUCAGCAUAGUGCUUGCCUUAUGUGAGCAAGGACUUGAAUUCAGUCCCAGGGCCAUAUUUAAAAUAAAAGCCAGAAAUGACUGCAUGUACUUGUUAUCCUCACACUGGGGAGACAAAGACGAGGCUUGUUGGCCAGGCAGCCAGCCUACUCAUGCCAGUGAGAGAAACCUUGUCUCAAAAAACAAGACUGGUGGUUCUUGUGAAUGGCACCCAAGGCUAUCCUCUGAGCUCAGCAUGCAUGCAGAGACAAAUGUAUAUGUGCCCAUACAUGUGUGCAACCACACACAUGCAUCUUC